AAUCAAUCACCCAAAAGAUAAAAAGGGGAGAAGAGACAAGGCUGCGUGUGUGCCACCUUGACUUGACUAGCUCAAUUAUGCUUCUUGCCCAUUACAAGAACACAACAACAAGUAACAACAUUUCCUCGUUGUGUUUGUUUCUUUUCUUCGACUCUUUAUUACUUGGUCUCUCUAACCCGGAAGACACGUUCACACCACACAGUUUUUUGGAUCUUAAAUAAUACUAUAGGGAUAUCUAAUUGUACCAAUUAAGGUUGUUUUUGCUUGAUUUGCCUUCCAAUUUGGUUCGUGAGCUGACCCUGCAAGCCGUGCAGAGACCUCUAUUGGAGUCUUUCUCUUUGUUCUCCUCUUUUUUGGAUGCAAUGGCUUAAUUGGGUCUUCUCUUCUCAGAAUCUGGGUACCAAAAACAGAAGAGAAAAAAGGGGAUUUUUGGUUUUGUUGAGCUCAGAGAAGCUGAGGCUUUUUGGGAUCAAACUAUAUCUGUUUGAACUUGAGUCUAGUUCAAGUCAGGUUGCAAUGAAGUGUUUUCCAUUCUACUUUGGAGAGAAGAAGGAUGGUCCUAAGAGCUUGCAGUCAAUAUCGGGCCAGUCUAACAGUUCUACUUAUGUUGAGGCUGAGAUGAGAAGAUCUGGUUCUGAAUUGAACUCUAUGGAUGCCUCAGAUAACAGCACAGACUCACUCAGGAGAAGUGCAUUUCCCAGUUUGUCUCAAAGACCCAGCAACCUCAGAGAAUUUACUGUAUCUGAACUGAAAACAGCCACAAAGAGUUUUAGUCGCUCAGUCAUGCUUGGAGAAGGUGGGUUUGGGUGUGUCUACAAGGGGUUGAUCAAGAGUGUAGAUGAUCCUUCCACAAAAAUUGAAGUUGCAGUUAAACAACUUGGCAGAAGAGGAAUUCAGGGGCAUAAGGAAUGGGUGACAGAAGUGAAUGUUCUGGGUAUUGUGGAGCAUCCCAAUCUGGUGAAACUAGUGGGAUACUGCGCUGAUGAUGAUGAAAGAGGAAUCCAGCGGCUUCUGAUUUAUGAAUAUAUGCCUAACAGAAGUGUGGAACACCAUUUAUCGCCACGAUCAGACACUCCUCUGCCAUGGAGUAGGAGGUUGAAAAUAGCCCAAGAUGCAGCUCGUGGCUUGACAUACCUGCAUGAGGAAAUGGAUUUUCAGAUAAUUUUCAGAGAUUUCAAAUCUUCAAAUAUCCUUCUGGACGAGCUGUGGAAUGCAAAACUAUCAGACUUCGGGCUAGCUAGAUUGGGACCAUCUGAUGGGCUGACUCAUGUCUCCACAGCGGUCGUAGGAACAAUGGGUUAUGCAGCUCCAGAAUAUGUUCAAACUGGACGUCUCACGUCAAAGAGUGAUGUAUGGAGCUAUGGUGUCUUCCUUUAUGAACUCAUCACUGGCCGCCGUCCAAUUGAUCGAAAUCGCCCCAAGGGUGAGCAGAAGCUGUUGGAAUGGGUAAGGCCAUACCUUUCAGAUGGGAGGAGAUUUCAACUAAUAUUGGAUCCAAGACUUGAGAGAAGACACAUCCUCAAGUCAGCUCAAAAACUUGCUAUAAUAGCUAACAGAUGCUUGGUUAGAAACCCAAAGAAUCGCCCGAAGAUGAGUGAAGUGUUGGAAAUGGUGACUCGGGUUGUGGAGUCUUCAGUGAGUACUAAUCUACAGCCACCCUUGAAGAGUGUAGCCUCAGCAGAAGCUUCUCAGGCUGCUGAAAUAAAGAACAAAAAAGUGACCAUGGAUCAAAACCCAGAUUGCAAUUGGUUAAGGAUGUGGAGGCCAAAGCUUUUAAGAGCAUUAGAUUGUUGUAGCUUUAAAGUUUAAACUGGUCAAGGCAAUGAAUUGGAGGCAAAGUUUAUUUAUGAUAAGAAUCAUCUAUUAUUGCCAUACUUGGAAACCACAAAGAGCAGCUCAUGUUAAUGCUAUUGUUGUCAUGAAAAGGAAAUGUCAAACCUCUUCAUCUCCCAUACCAAAGUGUAGUAUAAACUGGUUGUGCUACUUAGGGGUGCUUUCUAGCUUAUCAAGCUAUUUAAUGAAAUUUUGAGGGAUGCUAUAUUCAAGUAGGUAAGAGGAAUGAAUUGUGUAUUUCAAGGUAGAGGCUGGAUUUCUACGAUAUGCUAGCUAUGUUGAUGAGCCUCAUGCAUCUAGCUGUUCUAGAUCUUACAGAAGCCACAAUACAGAAAAGUGAAAAUUAAUCACUAUAAUGCAUGUAAAAUACUUCAGUUGUAAAUUCUAUAUCUUUAUGUUCACUUUUUUUUGUAUAAAUAUACAUGUUGCAAUUUUAUUCCUUACAUCUA